AUGUCGCAAAGUCAUGCCCUCUCGGAUGAUCAGGUCGCGGGCGAGCUCCGCAAGAUGACCGCGUUCAUCCGGCAGGAGGCCCUCGAGAAAGCCCGCGAGAUUCAGCUGAAGGCCGACGAGGAGUUUGCGAUCGAGAAGUCCAAGCUCGUGCGCCAGGAGACCGCCGCCAUCGACUCCCUCUACGAGAAGAAGUUCAAGCAGGCCGCCAUGUCCCAGCAGAUCACCCGCUCGACUCUCGCCAACCGGACCCGUCUCCGCGUGCUCGGCGGCCGGCAGGAGCUUCUGGAUGAGCUGUUCCAGCAGGCUCGGGAUAAGGUCUCGACCGUCGCCGCGAGCGAUAAGAAGUACCAGACCAUGUUGGAGGGGCUGAUCCUCGAGGGCUUGUACUUCCUGAACGAGGAGAAGGUGGUGGUCCGCUCGCGCAAGCAGGAUGCCGAUGCCACAAAGAAGGCUGCUGGGGAGGCCGCGAAGGACUUCAAGAAGAACGUUGGCAAGGAGGUGACUGUGACUUUGGACGAGUCGGAGCCGCUGCCCGAGGGGUCUGCCGGCGGUGUGGUUAUUGUCGGUGGCCAGGGCAAGAUCGAGAUCAACAACACCUUCGAGGAGCGUCUGCGGCUGUUGGAGAUCGACGCUCUUCCCGCCGUUCGGGAGACGCUGUUCGGAAAGAAUGUCAACCGGCGAUUCUUGGACUAG